AUGGCUUGUUGUUAUAUCGCCGCGUUCUGCAUUAGCCAGUUGGUCAAAGUCUACCAAUUCCUUGACGUCGACGAUGCCAUUCGAUAUAACGAAGACGAACCCGAAUUUCCCUAUCCCGACACCAAAUUCGCGGAUGGUGAAUACAAGGAAUGUGAUAAACGGAACGCUUCUCUUGUCCUGUCACUGUCGGGACUUACUUGUUCUGCUUGCUCAAGCGCAGUUGAGUCAGCACUGAGAAGCCACCCUGAUGUGGACCAAGUACGAGUGUCGCUGGCUUUGCAACAGGCCACGUUGAUUGGAAAGACCUCGAGUUUUGACAGUCAAUCAAUUAUGAGACUCGUUACUGAUUUGGGAUACGGCGUUGAGCUUGGACCGCGAUCACCUCAGGAGAUAAUCCGUGUUCUCAAGUCCAAAGAAGAGAUUGCUAGGCUCAAAUCAAGUCUGUCCAGUCUGGCUGGGUGUGCAACAGUGAUACAGACAGUUGGCUUCCUUAUCUCUGUUGGACAUGGUCGCUUACCAUCGGUCACUCUUUUCAUAGCGCAUCUGCUAUGUGCAGCACUUACUCUGUUUGCGCAAUGGCGGUAUAUACCGUGGAUUCAUGAGGAUGGCUGGAAUGCGAUUUGUCGCGGGCAACCUAACAUGAACACCCUGGUAUCGUCCUCCAUCUCUCUUGGGACUUUUAUCUCGUUUAUCGAUUUGUUGGCAUGUGGAACCGCCGUUGCGAACUCAUAUUACACGACCGUCAUUGGUUUGGCUCUUGUGGUGGUAGCUGGGAGAUAUAUUGAACUCAUGUCACGCCGGACGACAUCCGAGGAUCUACUGAGAGUGUACAAGCCGCUUACACAGAGCAACUACACAAGACUUCACCCCACUGGAAAGACUGUCCCUCAAAGCUAUCUCACGGCCGGCGACCAAAUUGUCAUCCCACCUUAUUCCAUCAUCCCAUGUGAUUGCUACAUAACAGAGGGAACAUCUUCCAUUAACCAAGCCCUUAUCACAGGGGAAGCACUGCCAAUCAAGAAAUCCGUGGGGGACUUUCUUCUGGGAGGAACACGAAACUUAGGACAGGAACUGGUGGCCGGUGUUGACAAAGAGCAGGGAAAUUCAUUAUAUUCCCAGCUUGUGCAUGGUGCCGUUGAGGCAGCAAGCUCAAAGGACGAAGAUAACCGCACGGUCGAUAUGGUGACGAAAUACUUGGUAGGGUUUGUCAUGACACUGGCAGUAGUUGUUCCGCUUAAGGAUAUCUUCACAUCUUACGAAUCGCUGGGAUAUGGCACGAUUCGAGUUUCGAUGGCCCGAGCGAUGACAAUACUCACUUGCGCAUGUCCUUGCGCCUUGGGGAUAGCCAUCCCCUCAGCAGCAGUUGCAGCUGUAGGCAUAGCAAGUCAAAACGGUCUUCUCAUCACUAAGGGAUACAAAACCAUUCAGAAACUCAGCAACAUUCAGUCCAUCGUGUUCGAUAAGACUGGAACUCUGACACGGGCAGUGCUGGAUAUUACAGACUUCGAAACAACCAAUGCAUGGAAGAAGCCAAUCACAGAGUUCUGGACUUAUGUCUGUGCUGUAGAGGAGCGCAGUGUCACGAGUCAUCCGAUCGGUAGAGCAGUCUUUACCGCUGGCGUGAGUCAUCUCGAUGGCCCUUGGUUAGAAACGAAAGCGUUUGUGGAAACGCGAAACAUUACAAGUGAAUCGGGUAAGGGCGUUUCAGGGGAGGUCUCUUUGGGCCAAGAACUCUGGCGACGUGUUGAUAUUGGGAGCAGGCGGUACUUGUUGUCCUGUGGCGUGAGCGAUUUCUCAGUGAUGUCUAAUGGACACAGUGGUGUGAUAGCAGUAUACGUCGCUAUUGACGGUAAAUAUGCUGGAACUCUCUAUGUGACGGAUGCUGUUCGAGAUGAUGCAGAGAAUACCAUCCAACGACUCCAUACGACGGGUCACUCAACGCAUUUGUUGACUGGCGACAUGCCUCAAUCGGCACAUCGUAUUUCCCAGCAGCUGCAAAUACCGGUCCUCGCGUCUGAAGCAACGCCUCAAGAUAAGCUAGAUCUCAUCAAGAAACUACAGAAGGAGGGGGUCGCUGUUGCAAUGAUUGGCGAUGGACUGAACGAUGGCUUGAGCUUAGCAGCGGCCGACGUUGGCAUCGCUCUCUAUCACGACGUUGCUACCCCAACAGUGGGUGCAACUGUCUUCAUUCUCAACUCGCGACUGGACUCUAUACCCAUGUUGCUCGAAAUCGCAGAACUGACCAUGAAGCAAAUUCGGUAUAACUUGUUAUGGGUCUUUGGCUACAAUGCCCUUGCGUUGAGCAUGGCUUCUGGGCUCCUCAAUCCCUGUGGCAUUGUCCUAACACCACCGCUCGCUGCUGCUUGCAUGUCUUUCUCGUCGAUCUUCUUGACGCUGAAUGGGUUUUGGCUACGGAAUAGGCUAGCUACGGUUUUCAAAGUAGAGAAUUAG